AUGGAGCCGAGCUGGGCGAUGGAGCCGAGCUGGGCGAUGGUGCCGAGCUGGGCGAUGGUCCGGGCUCUGCUCCCGGCUCUGCUCCCGGCUGCGAUCCCGGCUCUGCUCCCGGCGCUGACCGGCGCCGCGGCCGGGAGGGAAUAUUCAUUACCUUAUACGCCACAGUUUGCACAAUGCAACGAUCCCAGGACUGAAUUCUAUGAUGAAGAACUUAAUAAAUGUUGCAGCCAGUGCCCUCCAGGUCAGUAUAGGACAGGGAGCUGCAGUCACACUGUGGACACCAAGUGCAGUCCCUGCAGACCUAAAACCUACACAGCAAUCUGGAAUCGUUCUCCACAGUGCUUUGCCUGCUCACCACCCUGCAGGAAAGGGCUCGUACAGAAUCAAACAUGCACGAGGUCCCAGGACAGAAUCUGUAGCUGCCCACCCCACAAGUAUUGUGUUUCCAAGCUAGACGAGUACUGCGAGGUGUGCAGAGCACAUAAAAAAUGUGGCAGAGGUUACCGGGUUUCCAGAAGAGGAACAGACAGCACAGACACAGAAUGUAAACCUUGUCCUCCUGGCACGUUCUCCCCUGAGGAAUCCUACAACACCAGCUGUACACCCCAUACCGUUUGUAAAUCAGUGGCUGUUCCUGGGAAUAGUAGGAAUGACACGGUUUGCAGUGACUCAGGAACAGCAACGGUUCUGUCUCACACCAUUUUGAACCUACUUCUGACCCAAAGCUCAGAUUCCCACAAACCUGAAAUAAUAACUCGACCUGUCAUGUUAAACUCUGUACCUGACCUGUCCCACAUCACUGGAGCAGUAGCAGGGCCAUUGUUAUUGGUCCUGAUAUUUGCUAUUUUGGGGUAUUGCUUAGUCUCAAAAAAGAAAGCCCUUGAGUACUCUGCACCAGCUACAAAAGCAGAUUUGCCUUUUCCCUCUACAGAAAAACAGUCUGACACAGAAGUGGAAGAUCCAGAAUUGCAGAACUCCAGGAGUUCUGACCAGGAGCAACAGCAUCUUUUGGGAACUUCUGGGUCCAGCAGUAGCAUCCUGAAUAAUCCAAAUGGAUCUGCAAGCAUAAGUGUAUCAAGUAAGAAGAAUCAUGAGAAGAAAAACCCAGGAGAAUUUCAGCAGCAACAUUCACCUCCAGAAAGUUCUAAACUUCAGUGUGGAGACAGACACAACUCUGUGAGUUCAGAACACUCUGGUAACAGAGGAACACAUGUGAAUGUGAUGUGUAUUGUUAAAUUUUGGAGCCCACACUGCAGCUCCCAGUGCCCUGAGCAGACUAGUUCAACUAGCAGGGAUUAUGGACACACUCCCUGUUAUUCCCCAACCGGGGAAGAAACCCACCUUUCAAAAGAAGAAAAUGCCUUGAAAAGAGAAACUGAAAUUCACAUCGCAGUAGAAAGUGAGGAUAAUUUACUUCAAGACUUACUUCCAGAAGAAAAGAAGGUUCCUCUGGGUAUUCAAGAUGCUGGGAUGAAAACCAGUUAAAGGAAAUUACAGAUCACGUGCUGAUUGAUAAAAUUCAUUCAACAACACCUGGUCUUUUAAAACAAACAUUAUGGAAAAUGUAGCUUUCUUUACAGAGAUUUGAAAUUUCAGAUGAAUAUAGACACUGAUGCUUUUGACGUUUUUAGUGUCCUUUGUUGCUUUCCAGUUUAAAAAAAAAAAAAAAAAAAAGCAUUCCAACUUUUAAAAAUUGAAUUGACAACUCCUCCUUUUCUUCUGUGAUACCCUAAAGGGACCUUUAUGAGACCUGAAAACAAAUGUUUUUUGAACUUUGUCAUUUUCUCUUGAGACUUCUUGUGAUGAUUAUUUUGAUUCAAGGUGUGCCCUUUAUCAAGAACAUGGCUGUGAUCAGCACUUCUUAAGAGACUGGAGUUAUCAUUCUUUCAAUGCUCAAGAAUCAUCCAUUUGAUUUGAAUUUUGAAGCUAUUGCAUUCAGUUUCCUAUCCUGUAUCUUAGUUGCCAUACUUUCCCUCAUCCUCCUGGAUAAUUCUUGUAUUAUUACAGUUUGU